AUGUGCAUGUGUACACCUGAAGUAUUAUGGGAUGGCAGAGGGCCCACUCCUGCAGAGAUGCAGUGGAAGUAAGUAUGUUUUGUCCCUACAUAAAGCACAUGGGUAGUUGAAGCACUGCGGAAAUAAUCUGCAAUUGUGCAUGUGUACACCUGAAGUAUUAUGGGAUGGCAGAGGGCCCACUCCUGCAGAGAUGCAGCAGAGGUAAGUAUGUUUUGUCCUUACAUACACUGCAUUAUUCACAAUGUAAUAUCAUUUACUGGGGUGAAGGAACAAGGGACUGUUUCAAGUGUUGCAUGAUGUGAAUUGCUAUAUGGUGUACAAAAUGAAAGUCUGUUUGCAAAUUUAUAUCUAAUAUACUUUUUUUCUCUGUUUCCAGCCUUGCAUGGUGCUCCUUCACCUGCUGUAUGGCAGCUUCUGUUACUACAUUGAACUCUUAUACUAAAACUGUCAUAGAAUUUGGAAACAAGCAUAAAAUAUUUGAGCAAGUCAUACAAGAGCAAAUAUUCAUGGAUUCAUGUAAGUAUCUAGAAGAUAAGCCAGUCAAUUCAGUUUCUUACUCUUUGAAAAUAUCAGAGGGAGUUGUCAAAAAUGCAAAGCAGUCUAUUCUAACCGGGGCUUCAGGCAACUUUGGAGAAAUCCCAGAGACUGUGGAAGAACAGUGCUGA